CACCACUUCCUUCCACCGUGCACCAGUGGCUUCCUGAAACCCCAGCUACGGGAUUAUUAGCAUGUACACUCGGAAAUAGUUUUCAAAUUCGUUGCACCGUGCAAAUCCGGGCAAAUCUCCAAAGACCACUAUGUCAGUUAGAUUUUAUCAAGGCUGGCAGCUUAUUGAGGCUGUUUCCUCGUCUUGAUACACCACUUCUACAAAGUAUCCAAUAUGCAUGGUAAUAAGUUUCCAGCAAUACUUACUGCUGUCGCAGCCUUUUUUGUACUGGUCAGCAAUUCGGAGUGUGCAAAAGUAGUCAAGCGGCCUCCACGCAUUCGGCCAUGUCUGGAUCUACCGGAGGAGAUUCUGGAACAGAUGUUUGGGAGGCUGUCAGCAGGCAUGUUCAGUGCUUUUCAUCACACGCUGCAGCUCGCUCCUCUGGAGAAGGAGAACCUCACCUGCCCCACAAACGGACGCCCUACCUCUGAUAAGUCCAGACUCCCUGUGAACAUCCACAGCAUCUCUCCAUGGGCUUACAGAAUUUCGUAUGACGCCACAAGAUACCCAAAAUACCUCCCAGAAGCCUACUGUCUGUGCAAGGGCUGCCUGGCUGGACCUUUCGGAGAGGAGAGUUUGCAGUUUCGCAGCACCCCAGUCUACAUGCCUUCCGUCAUUUUACGUCGUACCCCGUCCUGUGGCGGGGGGCGCUACAUUUACACAGAAAACUACAUUUCCAUUGCAGUUGGAUGCACUUGUGUGACAGGGCCAGAGAAGGAAAGAGAAAGCAAUAACUCUGUUUUAGAUACAGGAGAGCUGAAACGUGGUAUUGACAAAGGGGAUGAAUCUCAAUUGAAGGAAAAUUAAGAAUGGAAUAUCUUUCAAAUUCUAAAAAUACUUCUGAUUUUGUCAACAAUAUUAACGCCACUACAAAAUAAAAGUAUUCCUAACAGUUUGAUAAUAUUCAUUAAUAGUAUUAGUACUGCAAAAGUGUAUUGGCAAAUUAACAUUAUUAUAACUGAAAUGAUGAAUAUAUAUAUAUAUAUAUAUAUAUAUGUGUGUGUGUGUGUGUGUGUGUGCUUCAGUUUACAUUUCUGAAUAUGUUAAAUAAAUACUUGUAGACUUAAGCUUGUAAGCUUAACAUUAAAAGUUGUUGAGGACACUCUACAGUCCACAGAAAGCUAGAAUAAGGAUACAUUAUACAUGCAAAAGGAGCUAUUAAAAACUAGUAGAUAGUAA